CAGUGCAGCCAAAACUCAAACUUCUCUUAACAGCCCUCCUCUCAACCCACCUCCUGACACCAUGGCCUGUUGCUCCACCAGCUUCUGUGGGUUUCCCAUCUGUUCCACUGGGGGAACCUGUGGCUCCAGCUGCUGCCAGCCAACCAGCUGCCAGACCAGCUGCUGCCAGCCAACCUCCAUCCAGACCAGCUGCUGCCAGCCCAUCUCCAUCCAGACCAGCUGCUGCCAGCCAACCUGCCUCCAGACCAGUGGCUGUGAGACCAGCUAUGGCAUUGGUGGCAGCAUUGGCUAUGGCCAGGUGGGCAGCAGUGGGGCUGUGAGCAGCCGCACCAGAUGGUGCCGCCCUGACUGCCGUGUGGAGGGCACCAGCCUGCCUCCCUGCUGUGUGGUGAGCUGCACACCCCCAUCCUGCUGCCAGCUGCACUAUGCCCAGGCCUCCUGCUGCCGCCCAUCCUACUGUGGGCAGUCCUGCUGCCGCCCAGCCUGCUGCUGCCAGCCCACCUGCACUGAGCCCAUCUGUGAGCCCACCUGCUAAAGCAAGGGUGCUGAUCACUUAAGAAUGAAAGGGGAAGCAGAACAAACCUGUGCUGGUCUCUGAAGAACCAUUCGAUUUUUCUUGGAUGCUAAGUAUCGCGAAGUUUCUAAGCUGCUCAGAAAUGAAAGUCUUAGGACACUUUUGAAUGUUCUGAAAUAGCACAUUGAAAACAAGCCUCAACCAUGGUGUCUGAAUUUCCUGCCUUGCUUGAGCAGAGUACCAGACUCGAGUAGCUCUUCAUUUCAGUGACAUCUCUGAUCUCUUUCCUCUCUUGAUUCCCACAUAUUUUCAGACCUGCUUUCUCCUUCAAUGUCCCCUGUUAAUUUCAAAUAAAAUACUUAAACUUGCAAAGCAAA